UUCCUGGACCAGGGUUUGAAUGUGUGUCCCCUGCAUUGGCAGGCGGACCCUUAACCACUGCGCCACCAGGGAAGCCCUGUUCCUUCAGUUUUUAUGUACUGAUUGUUACCAUGUAGUAAGUACCAAGGCACUGGGAAUAAAGGCUCUUCCCCAUGGGGACUCUUAGAGCAGUUUGGAAUUAAACGGCUUUACCUUUAAAUAUCUAAUCCCACAUUGCAAUGUGUGCUCUGGAGAAGGGAUGCAGGGUGUUGUGGGAUAGUAUUGGGAGAACUGGGAGAGGCUUCCUGACUGAAAAUCUGAAGGAUGAGGAGGAUUUUGUAGGUGGGUAGGAAGGGCAAUGGUGUUCCUUUUAAGCGGAGAGAUAGUGUGAAAGGGUCCUGCAGUGAAAAGACGCAUUCCCGCCACUGUCCUCUCCUGCUGCGGAAGAGAAUGGCCGCAACAGCCAGAUGCCAGGAACUCAGAAAUGAAUCAGAUACAGUUCCUGCCCCUGGGGAGCAGUCUCGAAGAAGAAAUAAGGCUGUACCUAUAAACCACAAUUAGAAUGAGGCUGACACAUGCCCUAAGAAACACACAUUCAUUCAGUUGGCAAGUAUUUCCUGGCAUUUACUGUGUGGUGGGCACUUUGCCAGGUGCCGAGGGUACAUGGAUGUCCGGAGGUUACAGACUGAACGGAUACGAUGCAGCUGCAGUUCCGAGGGGAAAAGUUUUUGCUUCUGAGACUCUAAGGCUGGUGUUUGCUUCUGGUGCGUGGGAGAGUGGUGGUGCAGAACUUGGAUUUGGAAUCAGGGCGGGGAUCAGGCUGCUGGCCUCGGGCAAGUUGCUCUUUCCCGAGCCUCAGUUUCCUGAACUCCAUAAUCGGGGCAGAAGAGUAAAACCCGUAGUGCCGUGUCUGGCAGGCGCUGGCGCUCAGUGAGCGAGCCCUGCUCUUAUUUUUGCAGGUAAUAACAAAGAGGGAUGAUGGCUGUUUAUCCUUCUGGAGCACUUUGUACUGGCCAAAGCCCUUUGACAUAAGUUUGUUAUUAUUCAACACACAGUCAGUUCCUUUUUCUGGAAGGUACUGUACUUGACAGUGGGAAGGCAGACAGAUAAGACUCGUCUCUGGCUUUGGGGAACUUGAGUUUGUCUUGGGAGCGUAGCGUAGAGUGUGGGGUGUGUAGUCUAUGAACAUGUAAUUAUAAUUAAUACAUACGAGCAUGCUGGAAGCGGACCCCUCGCCACCUGUCUGACUUCGGCCUGUCACUCACCUCCUGGUUCGGUCCAUGGCUGCCCAGUUGUUUCUCACACGCUUCCUGCCCCAGAACUUCUGCACUUGCUGUACCCUCUUCCCAGCGGCCUUGUCAUUAGCUCAGGGUAUGCCGAGCGCCACCUUCUUAACGAUGCUAAGACCACACCCCUCGGCCACCACCAUCCCCUCCCUCCUGGCUGGUUGGUUGGUUUUAACGUAGCGCUUAUUACUAUCAGGCGUUAGGCGACAUAGUCAUUUGUUCUUUGUUAUCUGCUUCCCCAGAGAAAUUGUACUCCUCUUAGGGUGCUCUUCGCCCUCCAGGAACCCCGGAAGUGGCUGUCAGGUUCAGGUCUCCGAGGAAGGCCAGGGUGGUUCCUGUUUUCCAGGAUGGACUUCCCCAGCUCCCUCCCGCCCUCGUUGUUUACGACUGGCCCCCUUGGUCUGAGCGAUGUUCCUGACGUGUCCUUCAUGUGCAGCUGGAGAGACGCGCUGACCCUGCCGGAGUCCCUGCCCCAAGGUUCUGAGAACACGGCGCUGCACGUGGCCAAGGGCCUGCUCUGGGAGCCGGACACCCCUGGGCCGCUGCCCUUGCUGCCUCCUGGUGCUGAUCCCUGGGACCCCGGUGUGACUGCCCAGGAUCUGCUUUUCCGGGGAGGUUACCAGUUCCGUAGACAGCCCCAAGCCGUGCUGGACGUUACUGAGCAGCUCAGCCGGUUCUUGUGGGACCAUGGGGACAUAGCCUUUGCACCCCUGGGGAAGCUGAUGCUGGAGAAUUUCAAACUGGAGGGAGCACGGAGCCGCUCUAAGAAGAAGACAGUGGUCAGCGUGAAGAGGCUACUCCAGGACCUCGGUGGACACCAGCCCUGGGGCUGUCCCUGGGCUUACCUCAGCCACCGCCAGCGCCGGUUCUCCAUCCUUGGGGGCCCGAUCCUCAGCACAUCGGUGGCGAGCCUCCUGGGGGAGCUGCUGCAUGAGGAGCUGGCCCUGCGGUGGGAGCAGCUGCUCCUGGACGACGCCUUCACUGGGGGCGCGCUGGCCUGGGUGCCCGGCAGGACGCCCGGGGCUGGGCAGCUGGUCUAUCCUGCAGGAGGCGCCCUGGACAGGCUGUACUUCCAGAAGGUCAACCUGACCCCAGGCAGUGAGCCCCGGGUUCUCGGAGACCCUGGCCAUAUCCGGCUCCGGGGACCUGUCCGGCAGGUGGUGACCCGCACCGUGCAGGGAGAAGCUCUGCUGGCUGUCCGCUCUGACUACCACUGUGCCCUGUGGAAGGUCAGUAAGCAGGGGCAGCCGGCCCCUCUCCAGGUGUUGCAGGUCGAGAAGGGGGCCACAGGGAUCAGCCUCAGCCCUCAUCUGCCUGGAGAGCUGGCCAUCUGCAGCCGUUCCGGAGCCAUCUGUCUGUGGACUCCCCAGGACGGGCUGCAGCAACUCUACAAGGACCCCGAGACCCUUGUGUUCCGGGACCCCUCGCCCUGGCGUUGGGCAGACUUCACCGCCCACCCUCGGGUGCUGACUGUGGGUGAUCGCACCGGAGUGAAGAUGGUGGACACUCAGGGCCCGCAGGGCUGUGGUCUGCUGCUUUUUCGUGGAGGGGCAGAAGCGUCAUGCCAGAAAGGGGAACGGGUCCUGCUCACCCAGUACCUGGGGGAGUGCGGCCCCGAGUGUCUGCACCCCACCCUCCACCUCAUCUGCACCCAGUUCUCGCUCUACCUGGUGGAUGAGCGCCUCCCCUUGGUGCCCCUGCUGAAGUGGAACCACGGCCUCCCCUCCGCGCCCCUGCUGGCCCGGCUGCUGCCGCCGCCCCGCACAGGCCUCCCGCGGCCGCUGCUCCUGGCAGGCCAGGGUGGGGAGCUGCAGCUGCUGCACAUCGCAGGAGAGGGGGCCUCCACACCCCGGCUGGCAGGGCCCCCCCAGUCUCUCCCUUCCAGGAGCGACUCCCUCUCUGCCUUCCCCCCACUGGAGCCCAAGAGUCAGUGGCGGCUGCAGGAACGUCUGACAGCACCAGCCAUAGGUCUGGCCGCCGCCAUCCCACCCUCCGCUAACACACCGGUGCUGUCGCUCUUCCAACUUUCGGCGGCUGGAGACGUCUUCCACCAGGGCCUCCACCUCCAGGCAGACCCCGGGCCUGACUCUCCUGCCCCCACGGCUUCCUGGACCCCCCAGGCCACUGCCUCCUGCAGCCGGUGGCUGAAGGCCCUGCUGGAGGUGCCCCCGGCUCCCCCCGUGUGGGCUGCACCCACCUUCUCCCACCGCCGCCUGCUGGGCUGCUUUGAGCCCCAGAAGGCAGAGGGCAAAGCGCCAGAGGGUCUCCGCACGGCCAUGGCCAAAGGGCGUCUCCUGCAGCUGAGGGACCUGGGCUUGCUCCCCACGGAAGAGCGGGCCCCAGCCCCCGAGCCAGGCCCCGAGGACGAGCUCAGCGAGCGUUUGGAGGCAGCCUGGGAGGGCCAGGCGGCGGCCUGGUGGGAGAGGCGGCGGGGCAGCAGCCUGGGGCCCAGCAAACAGCCCAAGCGGCACAAGCGCCGGACUCAGCUGUCCAACACCUUCUCCUCGCUCAGCGGCCGCUUAGACCUCUCAGACGCCGCCAGCCCCCCUCCCAGCCCAGAGCGGACACUCCCUGCGGCCAGGCCUCAGCCUCCAGUGACCCCGCCCUCCCAGGAGUCCACCCAGGAGCUGUGGGCCCGGGCCGUCCCCUCGGAGCGGCAGCAGACCCUCCGGGACUACAUGGCUGAGCUGCCGCUCCGGGGGGACGCCCCGGGGGGUGCCUCUGUGCCUUCCUCCCAGACCUCCAGUGUCCGGGCCACCCCCUCCCGGCAGCGGGCAGCCGUCCGCUCCGGCUCGCAGCCACACUGCAAGAAGCCCCGCAUGGGCUUCUGAGGCCCGGGGAAGCUGCCCCCCACCUCCGGGGAGCCCUUUGUCCUGGAUAAGCUGUGCCUUUUGUGGUUGAAACGGGAAACAGAACAGUCGCCCGGGUGCAGACCUUCCUGCUUUCCGAAGGCCUUCGUGACUGCGGGAGACAUUCAGAAGCGAUUUGAAUCCACGUUGGAGGAAGAAGGACAAGGUAGUCGUUUCUCCUGCAGCUCGUGCUCCCAGGGGCACGUUGAGAAGUCCUGGGAGCCCCGUCCUGAAGGUCAGUGUCGCCGGGAUCCCCUCCAGCCGACAGUGUUGUGCCAAAAGCAGGGGCUCCAGGCGGCCGAGGGCUCCGCCACGCACGGGCCCCUGGGGACGUGGCGGGUGAUGGUGAAGUGAGCUGCCCAGCCUGCCGGUGCUCCGCUGCUGGGUGUUGGCAGCUCGCUGCCGGUGGUGAGGUGUGUGUGUGUGAAGCGGUUUCUAGCACCAUCUAACGUUUUAUAGAGGGAGGCACUUUGGACCCACGUUUAGGGGUUGAAUAAACUUGUCAGCUGAGCCUGG